GUCCCCAUCGCCAUCGGAAAGCCCCACCCCAUCCCCGUCGUCAAGUCCUGAGCCCUCCCCUAGUUCGAGCCCCUCGCCAUCCGUAAGCCCCUCCCCUUCUCCGUCCGCUGCCCCCGCGCCGCUUCCGUCCCUCGCUCCCGCUAUUCCGUGCGACCCGUUGACAAAGAGCUUUUGCAGUGGGCAAAACGGGGGGGCGAGCUACAGAAUAGCAACGGUCGGUGCCACGACCCCCACCUUUGAUCAGGAGGGCUCGUUCUCGAAUGCCUCGUUGGCGACCCCGAUUACAAUCAAUAUCGUCGACUUUGGCAAGGCCUCGCUCCCAGCUCCGGCGCGGACGUCCGUUUCUUCUGAAGCGUACGUCGACGGCUUUGCGCUCAGCAUGACGCAAGAGUCAUCUGUCUUUGGCACCGUCUUCUACGAGCCUCAGGAGGGGACCGUCACCUUUUCGGUGACCGGACCGGCGCCGGACGGUUUCGUGUACAUGAUCGAGGGCUUCCAAGCGAUGGGCUGCUCGCCUGCUGACGCGUGGCAGGCCGCCGUCAACGGCACGGCCGGGGCGUGCUCCUGGGCGCACACCGCGGCCGGCCUGUACGCGCAGUUCGACCCGGUGACUCUCACGGCGGGCACCGGAGGGAUCCCCCCCGCGCAGUGGAACGGCAUCUACGUCUUGCAACUGCAAAGCGUCGCGGAAGUCGAGGUCCCCUCUAGUUCGCAGGAAGUGGAUCCGCAAACCACCGGGGAGAUCCAGGGAGCUGCCGGCAGCGUCCAGUUUGGCGGCGAGUUUGCCUAUUCGGCGACGGUUGACGGGGACGAGAGCAUCAGCGCAUUCGCCGCCUACUUCCCCGGGGAGAUGACCCCGGUCGGCGGCGAGAGCAGCGCGCGCCGGCGCGCGCGCGCGCUGCUAGCGGCCGGUGGGACGGUGACGGUGAAGGUCGCCUCCGGGCUGCUGUUCUUGAAGCGGGGUAACAAUUCUUAUGCGCCCGCGAAGGGCGCGCUCGAGUUCCGGGGCGUCGGCGACCGGUGGGUGACGUCAUUCUUCGUGUCCGUGCACCAGUACACCGACUGUGCCCCGGGCCAGUUCAACAAGGUGGCCAGCUUCGCGAACUGCACGUGGGCGGUGGUGCCCAAUGACAUCAGCCUGACGUACAACGCGACGGCGCAAAAAAUGGCGCUGGGCAAUUUGGGGAGCACCACGUGGAACAGCGUCUAUAUGCUAUCCGCCGUGAUGGCCAUUUCCUCGCCCCCCUCCCCGUUGGCUCCGCCGCCGCCGCCCCCUGCUGCGGUGAAAAGCGGGGGCAUUGGGGGCAUCGGAAUCAUCAUUGUGGCUUGCAUAGCUGGCGGCUGUAUCGUGGUGGGUUUGCCGCUCCUGGCCAUCGGCAGUAGGAGGAGGCGCAAUAGGUCCGAAGAACACCAGCAAAGAUAG